GUGUUUUGGAGUAGCAAAAUGUCCUGCUACUGGUGAUUACAUAAUGAUUAUGGAAUACAAAAAAGAUGGUGAUCUCCAUGAAUAUUUGCAUAAAAAUCUUAAUAUAAGAUGGCGACAAAAAUUAGACAUUUUAUACACUGCAGUCAAAGGACUUUCGAAAAUUCACGAAGCAAAAUUAAUACAUAAAGAUUUACACGCUGGAAAUAUUAUUAUUGCUGAUAAUGUUUCUUACAUAUCUGAUUUUGAUACUAAUGAAGAUAUCACCCCACAAAUUAUUACUGAUUUGAUCAAAAGUUGCUGGUGCGACAAUCCAGAUGAUCGACCGACCGCCAUUGAACUGGUUGAUAAGUUUUUUUUAGUUUUAGGCAAAAAGGUCAUAAAAUAUGGACUCAAAUUAGUCCUAUUGACAAAAAGUUGGACUCAUACAUUCCUCCAAUAG